UGGCUAUUUCGGGUCGUGGCUGGGUCAGUUGCGGGCCGCGGGGUCUUUGGUGGGGUCUUUCGCGGGGCCUGUGCAGCGGCGGAACCACGCACUUCGGGUUCCAGGAGGUGUCGGAGGAGGAGAAAGGAGAGAAAGAGAACCGGUCGCAUGACAGAUCCCAAAGACAUAUCUGGAGCCAGUAUAUAUGUUGGUAGACUGGUUCUUUGCCAUUUCGCACACUUUUCUCAAUGCGAUUAGCUCAGCUGCUUGUACACUGUAGUGCGGCAGCAGCAUGGAAGCCCAAACCAUUUCAUGUAAGGAAAUGAUGGCUGCUCCCGUUACUCGCUUUCCUUCUUUUUACCAGGUGUUUGAAAACGUGGCAAAGAAGUAUGAUAUAAUGAAUGAUUCGAUGAGUCUGGGAAUCCAUCGUAUUUGGAAGGACACCCUGCUGCGUCAGAUGAACCCUUAUCCAGGAGCCCAAUUAAUUGACGUUGCUGGCGGGACAGGUGACAUCGCCUUUCGAUUUAUCAAUUAUGUUCGUUCCCAGCGGGAGCAUCGGAUCCAGCAGAAGCUGAAAAGCCAUCAGGAUUUAUCAUGGCAGGAGAUUACCCAGCUCUACCAGGAAGAGGAGAACAGCUCACUAGGAGGGUCCCACGCAGUGAUCUGUGACAUCAACAAAGAGAUGGUGAAGGUUGGGCAGCAGAAAUCUCAGCAGCUGGGCUACUCUGAAGGAUUGUCCUGGGUGGUGGGGAAUGCUGAAGAUCUGCCCUUCGACGAUGACAAGUUUGAUUUUUAUACAAUUGCUUUUGGUAUCCGUAAUGUCACUCAUAUGGAGCAGGCGCUUCAGGAGGCUUAUCGAGUCUUGAAACCAGGAGGGCGUUUCCUCUGCCUUGAAUUCAGUCACGUGAACAAUGCCCUGCUUUCCAGCCUGUAUGAUCUCUAUAGCUUCCAAGUCAUCCCUGUGCUGGGAGAAAUUAUUGCUGGUGAUUGGAAAUCCUACCAGUAUCUUGUAGAAAGCAUAAGGCGCUUUCCAGCUCAGGAGGAAUUCAAGGAAAUUAUUGAGGAAGCAGGCUUUCUGAAGGUGGACUAUCAAAACCUGUUAUCUGGCAUGGUGGCCAUUCAUUCUGGCUUCAAGCUGUGAUUACCUUUUUUUGUACUGAGGGAAAAACGUUCAACAUUAAGUUUCAAGUCAGGACAAAAGAAAGCAACUAUUUUCAGCUGUGUUUAUUUAAAACUUUUUAAAAAAUAGUUUUACUGGAUACUAUAUAGUUCAUUUGAAACCUGGCCAUUGAAGUACUGUACAGCCUUCAGAAAUGUUUCGAUCAUGUCACCCAACUAUGGUGUGGCCAAAGAGAUGGAAGAAGUGAAUGGAAGCCACGUUUGCUGUUUUAAAGGUCUGGUCUUUUAUCAAGAGAUGUAGGAUUACUUGAUGUAUUAAAAUUAGUAUUUAAAUUUUCAAUUGUUUAUCUUUGUUUUCCUGAAAUGCAGGAUGUUUUAUAUUAUGAGGCGUCUUCAAGAAAAAAAUGAAAUUUAAUUCACAUUCUGGUGGUAGUUGUCAGCCAAUUUCUGGGAUUGCAAACUCCUAAAUAGUGUCUCAUCAUCUACGCAGUUUAUAGUAUGUUCUAGCUAGUGAUUUAUCCAGGUGUAAUGCUGUUCAGCUUUCACCCAAGCUGAAAAACUAGCUUAGCUCAGUGAGAUAUGCAUUGUUAAAACUCUAGAGGUUUACGAUCCAACUGCAUGGUACCAAAGCAAGAUUAACUUUAACACGCAGAGUCUCCUUCAAGUUGAGGUAAUAAAUUCCGUGAGUACAUCCACGCAGCUUUCUUGCAACAAUGCAGAUUUGCCAUUGCUGCUUUCUGGGGUAUUUUUCGCAAUUCUCUAGUCUACAACCCUGGAAUUCUAUCACCCAGGCACAGACCAAGUGUGCUCUUACUUAGCUUCUGGGUAGCAAGCCGAGAGCUGCCGCUUGCUGAGGUCAUGCAUAUACAUUUGGUUAUAAAUCGUGGUUUACAAAAGCUAAUUACAAGGUUUGUAUGAAGCCUAGAACAUAGAGUUUAAUAAUAUGAGAGUGUCAUAAAUAUAUCACGCUAUACAUAAAUGCAACACAAGCCUGCUCAGAUAGAAUACUAUGCUCGAUAGUCAAAAUGCCCAAAGACUAUGCAUUCCUUAACUCCAGCUAUUUUUAUUGAUAGCCAUGAAUAGAAGUCAGCCCUGGAGAAAAUUAACUCAGAUUCUCUUCCUGUCCUGUAUGGAGAUUGAAUCCCUUGCUGUACCACAUUGGAAAUGACUGGCCAAAGUUAUACACCCCAACUUGCUUAGGAAAGAUAAAGUUAUUAGAUACAAAGAUACUUUGACGGAAGAAGGUCUUUUAAAAUCUAGACAUGAGUUAAGACAACAAGGAAUAGAGAUAGAGUGGUGGUCUUAUCUCCAGAUCCAAGCAAGAUAUUCGAAAGAUAAACAUGAUUGGGGUAUUUAUAGACAAGAUACAGGACUAGAUAAAAUUUUGCUUGGUCCGAAGAAAAAAACAAA